AAAUAAACAAGUUUGUGUUUGUUUUUUCUGGCAAUUAUGCUGACCCUGCUGGUACUGUCGGUUCUUAUCUUCAGUCUGUCAGUAUCUUUACUAAACGAUGGCUUUACUAAUUGCCAAUAAAUAAUUUUUUGUUGUUAUAGUCGCCUCAUCUGCAGUUAUUUUAAAUGUGAUAUUAAAAGCAGAAGCGAAGCCACGUAAAUGCUGGACAACACCUUGGCUGAGGCGUCGUCAGAAACACGGGGCAUUGUAGUUGACAUCUUUUUAAAUAGUUGACAUAUUUUUAAAUAGUUGACAUCUUUUUAAAUGCACCACCUCUUUACCGCAGGAAAGUAAACAACAGUCAAGAGAUUGAAACAACCAAUCAUAUUUCGCAACUGUGCCCGUGAUCAAAAACAUCACUACAAAUUGCUUAGCACGUCACUUGAAAGUAGAGCUUAUCUCUGCUGUGAGCAACCAGUUGCACAACUGCUUGCAGAAACAUUUACAUACAAAUGAUUCAGUUGCACGCAACCAAGUUGCACAAGUGAUUGCUCAUGUGUGGACCCAACUUUAAAGGUGUUGAUGUCUUGUCCUGGAAACAAACUAAGCAAACCGCAUUGUAUCAGUAUUUACGAGUCGUGACAGGACACAGGGAAUUUGCCACAGGCGAUCCUUAAAAACUGCCCGAACGGAAGGAAGCCUGUUGUGCUACUUGAGAGCAAAAAGAGCUGCUUUGCAUUCCUCUAACCCUCUGCCUCAGAUCUGUAUCAGACAGGCUGAAUGAAGAAAUCGGGGCAGUCACAAUGCUUCGCUGAUAUCAGUGAACCCUUUCCCCAUUGCAGCUGGUGUUCUGAGCAGGCUUGAGGCAGCCACAAAGAUCUUUUGAUGCAAUAAGUAUAAGAACGGAGAACAGCUUAACAUUCCCCAGAAGUUCACCAGACUGCGAAAUGGAUUGUCACUCAGCUACACCAUCUCCAACUAAAUCUUCCAAGAUUCACUGUCCAACAGAAGAGAAAACCAGAGUUUUUGAACGAAUUGGGACUUUUUUCAAUUCCAGCAAGAGAAGAAAAAGUAAAGAGUCAUCUGAAGCUUCAGAUGCUACAGCUGAAGAACCUGCUGCAUUAUCAGAAUACACAGCCUCCCUCAGGCAGGAUGAGAAAGAGGGGAUCAAGAGAACGGAUUUCCCUGGGUCUCGGUCUUACGCAGUGACAGCUUGUGGGGACCAACUGGAAAACGAAGACAAACAAAAAGGAGUGUCCAUAAAACAGGCUGUUCAAAAUCUAGAGGUCGACACACACAGUAGUAAACUACAGAGUUUUGAAAAGGUCACUGACUUCACACAGCAUUCUAACCCAUUUAGCCAGGGUUCAUCCCUGAACAGCCCCAAGAGUCCUGUGAUUAACGUGGGUGGUUCAACAAAGCUUCAGACAGGAGGAGAACAAAGGUUCGAAAGGAACAGGAAACAUUUUAAAACCUUGCCUUCCAGGAAGGGGUCUGCUUCGGAUUUGGAGUCAGAAAAGACAGGAGGAGGCGCACACAAAGAAAUUCAGGUGUACUUGGAAGAGACCACCGCAUGUCUACCAAGUCAAUCUGCAGGUAAAGAAUUCUCAAGAAACUCUGAUAUUUCGAAAGUCAGCCCAAAAUACCAGGAAGAUACACAGACAAAGUUUGCAUUUCAAGAGCCCUUCAGCACCAAGGCAUUCAAACAUAACAGGGACUUGCCUUUACCUGAGCACCCUGGAGAGAGUCUGCUAACACCCAAAGAAGUAUCCACUGCACCUCAUUCAGAAAUUCAACCCAGCUUACAUAAUAAGGAAACGCCUUUAGCAGGUAAUGAACAAGAAUCACAAAGCCUUAGAGAGUGUUCAGAAGUCAAAUCCAAAAACGAAACAAAAGUUUUCACUGUAGAAGUCUUCUUGCAGAAACACGGUGACUGUGGCCCUUUCCUCUUACCUGGAGAAUAUUCUGUUGCAGAAGCUGAAGUAAUGGGAAAAAAGAGUAGACGCAGUGGGGGUAGAAGGCCACUGAGAUCUGCUGACUGCCAGCAGCCUGUUGAGGAGAAACCAGAAAGCAGCACAGCUAAUACCUUCUGUGAUGUCACAGAAACGAAGAUCAGCCCUGAAGUGGGAAACAAAGUUGAGGUUUCUGAGCAAGCGCUUGAAGCUGGGAGCAUGGUCUUCUUUAAUCAACAGGGGAGGGUGGAAACUAAUUUGAUCAAAACACCAGAAACGAUUAAGCACCAACUCCCAAGCUCUAAGCUUCCCAGGAAAGAUACAAUGGAUCAAGGAUCGCCUCCGCCAGAGUUUGCUUUACCUACUUCCAUGAAUACUUGGAGCAAAGAGUGUGUGUCGACAGGCGUCACAGUGCAGGCUGGACUUGAAGGCAACACGCCAGCUCUUUUUACAACAGAAAACACACAGGUGGGAAAUGCAAACAAGGCUGUUCACCAGGAAGACAAUCGGGUUGCAGUCAAUGUUGUGAAUGCUGAAAUUAAGCCCUUGGAAGGAGAAGCAGCAACACUGUCCUCAGAACACACCAGCACACAUUCUACAGCACUUCAUGGAGAGAAGGCUUUAUCCAAAAAUUUACAAUUUGAAGUCACUCAUGGUGAAGCUGAAUACAGUAGAAAGAGUGUGGACGAGGUGACUACCAAGGCCUGUGCAACCGCCGUGAAAUCUGAAAUCAAAAUACCACCGAAUCUCCAGAGAGUCGAUGUAGAAGUGAAAUCAGCCGAGUCUAAGUUAUCAGAGAAGCCAGGCAAGCUUAAAGACCGGAAAGCUGCGUGUGAAAAUAAAACAACAAGCUUUCAGAAAAAAGAUUUUUAUAUCACAAAAGAUAUUGCAUGCGCUCCAAAAUUGUCUAAAAAGUUUACUGGAAGAGCUAAACUGAAAAUUAAUCCACCGUCUGGAAGCAAGACCAUGGAACCGAGAAAAAAUAUUGAUGGCCCGGAUAUCAGUGAUGAAGUGGGGGUACAGAGAAAUAAUCAAGAGGAUCUGCAGACAUCAGCAGAGUGCCCAGACUACACUGAGAAUACUGUCCAGUCAAAUACAUUCAAGCAGAAUCAGUCAUCCACUGAGAAGACUUCUGUUGAGUCUAUGUCCCUGAGAACUUCAACAAAUAUCAAAACCACUAAUGUGACAUCAAAGAGUUCUUCAGAAACUCCACUGCUAGAAAUCAACAACUACUGCGUUCCCGAACAAAAGAUAGAGCUGACUGAAAAUGCAAAAACAGAGGUGAUAGAAACAAAAGCACCUGUUGUCAUACAAGAACUUCCUUCUACAGUUAAAGGGGUGUUGUCCCUUGUUGAUGAUGGUAAAACAAAGGCACCAGCUAAAGAAGAAAAUAUGUCGGCUGCAUAUAAUUUAGCUACACAGCAAACUACAGUAAUUACCCAAAUUCAGGAGCAGGUAGAAAAUAAAGCCGCAAAUGAGCCCUUAUCUGAUGCCAAACAGCAAGGCUUGACUGGACUAGAUACCUAUAAACCGCAACUUGGCAGAAGUACCUCACAAAACGUUAAUGACUCGCCCAGUUUGGCACAUCAGAGUGCAGCUGUAAAACAAUUCGAUUUGAGUGAUGUACCAACAGAAAGUGACCCACAUGCAAUUGCAAAGCAAAAUAAAAUAAUUAAAGAAAAAAAUGAUACAACAACCAAACUACCAUCCUCUGUACUUGACCCAAACAGCGUAAAGCAGCAGUCUAAGGAUCUUGUUGAUGCAAAAAAUGACAUCUCUGCUUCUGAACAGCACAUCGCAACUAUUCAGAAACCUUCCAGUACUGUUGUGAAGACAGUUAGUAAAUUGCCUACAUCUGGACAGAAGAGCCCAAUUAAGGAACAAUCUGAUAUUAGUUUGCAGAUGGGAAGCAAACUGCUAAAACCUGUUCAGAAAAGUAUCUCUAAGCAGCUAUCUAAUAGUGAUACUGUAGAACGAGAAGCACAUGAUUCUGCUCAGCACGUGUCUAGUGAGCAGCCACCUGGGAGCAACAUUUUAAAAGCAGAAAAAGAUCCCCAUACUUCAUUACAGCAAAACACCACCAAGCCACAACCAGACAAUGCAGUUGUAAAGGCAGUAAAUGAACUGUCUACAUUGGAACAGAAGAGUCCCAUUAAGGAAAAAUCUGGUGAUAUUUUACAGACUGGAAGCAAACUGCCUAAACCUGUUGAGAAAGGCACCUCCAAGCAGUUGUCUAAUAAUAACACUGGCAUUACAAUAAGUGAAUCUGUGAAAUUGGUCCAGAAAGAUAUCAUUGAGCAACAGUCCUACAGUAACAUUUUACAAAGCGUGAAGAAGGAACUGACUACCAGCACACAAUCUGAUAAUGUUGUAAAACCAGAAAGUGAAUUGCCUGUGCCUGGGCAGAAAAGAUCUGAAAGUAGUUCCGUACAAAAGGAAAAGGAGUUUAGUACACCUAUACAGCAAUCUGCUGUCAAGGAACAAGCAGAAAGCAGUGCAAAAACAGCGGGUGAAUUGCCUACAACUGGAGAGAAGAGCCUUACUAAGAAACAGUCUGAAGUUAGCUUUGUACAGUCAGAAAAAGAUUUGCCUAAAUCUGAAACAAAGAGGACCACCAAGGUACAAUCUGAGAAUGUUGUGGAAGCAACCAGUGAAUUGACCACAUCUGGACAGAAAAGUUGUGUUAAACAAUCUGAGAGUAGUGUUACCCAACACGAAAAAGAGUUGCAUACAUCGCUACAGCAAACUCCAAUCACAGUACAAUCUGAGACUACAGCUGCUGAACUGUCUAAAAGUAAUAUUGUACAAAAAGAAAAAGAAGUAUUUAAGUUAGUGCAGGACAGCACCCCAAAGGUACAAUCUGACACCAGCGUUGUAAAAGUAAUGGGGGAAUUGACUACAACUGGAGAGAGUCCUGCAAAGAAACAGUCUGAAAGUAACACAGUACAAGCAGAAAAAGAUUUGCCUAAAUCUGUGCAGAUGAGCACCACCAACGUACAAUCUGAGAAUGUUGUGGAAGCAACCAGUGAAUUGACCACAUCUGGACAGAAAAGUUGUGUUAAGAUACAAUCUGAGACUGGCUUUGCACAAAAGAAAUUAAGCAGGACUGGACAGGAAAGUUCUGCUAAGAAACAAUCUGAAAGAAAUAUUGUGCAAGUGGGGAAAGACUUGCCUAAGUCUGUCCAGAAUGUUGUUGCAGAAACAAGUGAAUUGACUACACCUGGACAAAAAAGUAAAAAUCCAUCCGAGUGUAUUGGUCAACAGAAGGAAGAAGAGUUGAGUACAUCUGAACAGCAAACUAAAAUCAUCAGAGCACCACCUGACAGCGAGGUUGUAAAAACAAUUGGUGAAUUGGCUGGGACUGGACAGGAGAGUUCUGUUAAGAAAUCAUCUGAAAGUAAUGUGCAAGCACAAAAAGACUUGACUAAAUCUAAGGAGAAUGUUGUAGAAGCAACAAACAAAUUGACUUCACCUGGACAACAACGCACUGUUCAGAAACAGUCAGAGGUUAUUAUCGCACAGAGUGAAAGCAAAUUGGCUGUUACUGAACAUGAGAUCUGCACGACCCAACAGCAAUCCAAUAGUAAUGUUUCACAUGCAGAGGACAAAGGACCUAUCUUAGUGAAACAAAACGCUGUCAAGGGCCAGCUGGAGAGCAGUGUUGUGAAAACAGUAAGUAAACAGCUGACAACUGUAAAGGAAAGUAAAGGGAAGAAGCAAUCUAAUAGUAAUAUUGUGUGCGCUGGCAGUGGUUUGCCGGCAUUAGUAAAGCAAAAAAAAGAAGUUACAAAAGAAAAUAAAUAUUUAUCUAUGAAUGCCACAGCUUCUAUAGAACACCCAAACAAAUCUGGGUCUAAUAAAACCCAGAAUGAGUCUGCAGCAAAUGCAUCUUUAAAUCAGGUGCAAGACAGUUCCCAGCAAAAAGAGACCAAGCUCCCAACAUCAAAUAGCACAGGAGGUCCUUUAGAACAUGUUCAGAUGGAAAGCUGGUCACAACCCACCUCUGUUACAGCUACACAGAGCCAUACAACCAAUUCACCAAAAAGUGAAAAAGAAGCCACAACAUCAUUAACAGGUAUUACUGAGUCAGAGUUUCAGAAUAAAAAACCUUUACAGUACAGUGACUUGAAGAAAGGUCCAGAGACAAAUGUAAACUUGCCUGAAGUUUCGCAGAAUGCAACAGCAACAGCAGCAAAACAGUAUAUUGUGGGAAAAAAGCGUCCAUUGCCACCUGAGAUCAUACGGAAAAGCCCAGACCAACUGAAUAAAAAUUGGUUAGAUGCUGAACAGAGCUUUGGACUAAAAAAACAAAAUGUAGAAAAUAAGCUAAAUGCCUCUGAGAGUGAUGAUAGUGCAUUGGACAUGUCCGGUGAUUUAGAGAGCUUUGUAGAAAACAUCAGGAAUAUGGGUAGCCCUUUCUCUUUGCCACAGAAGAGGCCAAAGCCUCUCAAAUCACCAGCACCACCCUUUGCCAUGCCACCCAUUAAGGAAGACCGGUUUGAGAAAGCCCUUGAUCCAGAUGUUUUCAAGUUUGGUUUAGGGAAAAAAGAAAAAUCAAUAGACCCACCCCCAUCAAGAUUGCUCAAGCUGCAAAGCAUAGAAGCAAAAAGCAAGCUCAUCCCCAAGCGUACAAGUGCAGAACAGAGUAUGCUGUUCAAAUCAUUGCAGUCACCGAGCAAAAACAUUAAGGAAACGUGGAAUGCAGGCAAGUCGGAGGAUGAAUCUCUAGACGCUGUUGUUGGUAGGUCACGUCUUGGGAAAAGCUCGGUUGUUUCAAGUCUGAUGAAUCCAUCAACAACACCAUGGAUGAAUCUGACAGCGACAACCAAUACAGCUCAUAGUACUGGUACCGAAACCGCAGUCUCUCACGAAACUAAGAGCACAGCUUCUCCGUUCUUGCCCUCCUCCUCUUCACAGCUUGGUUUGCCUACAGAUAUAUCCCAGACUUCCCUGUCGCUAAGUGGAGUAGACAGGAGUAUAAAAGAAGAUGUUAAACCGUCGUUUUUGACAAAUGACUCUCUUGGUCCAUCCUUGUUUGAGUUCUCAAAUUUUAUGGAGAAAUACGGGAAACCAGAGAACACAAAAGCAGCACCAGUUCUGGAAAGUAGCUUCCAAUUGCCAGAAUUCAAACUUCCUGAAUUUCCUCAGUUGGGGCUGGAGUCCAAUACUGACUUUAAUGACAACAGGUUUGCCAACAGGAGCCAGGAUUUCUCAGGGAUAUAUAACCCGGGUCUACCUGGAACUCAGGCCCUUAUCCCUGGAAUGCCAGCUCAAAAUGUGGAGAUUCCUAUUUUAGACCAGAUAAGGAUCCACAAGAGACCUGGGAAGCUGGUAAUUUAUGAUCAACCCCAGUUCUCAGGGGAAGCAAGUGAAAUCUUCAGAGAUGUAGAAGAUGCCACUUCUUUAAAAUUAUCACCUGUCAUUUCUGUCAGGGUGAUAAGAGGAUGCUGGAUUCUCUAUGAAAAGCCACACUUUCAGGGCCAGUCAGUAGCUUUGGAAGAGGGGCAGACAGAGCUGGUAAAUGUCUGGAAUGAAGUGACCUGUGAAGACAAUGCUGCCGGUGAGAGCAAGCCUGACCCUGCAGCUCCCAUGGUGAUCGGCUCCAUUAGGCUAGCAGUAAAGGAUUACAGAGUACCUGAGAUUGACCUGUUCACUGACCCUGAAGGCAUGGGAAGAAAGAUGAACUUCUUCGAUGAUACAUUGGACACAUGCACGUAUGGAAUGCUCAUGAACACAUCAUCUAUCAAAGUCCAUUCUGGAGUCUGGCUUGUCUUUGAAGAACCUGGUUACUGUGGAUGUUCCAGUAUCUUAGAGCCAGGAGAAUACCCCUACCCAGAGUCCUGGGGCUUUCAGCACCCUAUAGUCGGAUCACUUAGGCCCCUGAAAAUGGGUGGACUGAAGGUGGAGCACCCAAAUGAGCCCAAGGCAAUUGUUUAUGAAAAGCCAUUUUUUGAAGGGAAGCAUUUGGAGAUUGAAAGUGAUGCUUUUAGCUUCAGUGAAGGUGAUGACAGUGAAGAUUGUGUCACCUGUUGGGUAAAGAAAUUGGGAUCUGUUGGCUCAAUUAAAGUCCUACGAGGCAUCUGGGUAGGAUACGAGAAGCCAGGCUUCGAAGGGCAUCAGUAUUUGAUGGAGGAAGGAGAGUAUGAACAUUGGAAAGACUGGGGUGGUUACUGUGAGCAGCUCCAGUCUUUACGACCCAUAAUCUCGGAUUUUUUGGCUCCACACAUGAAGAUGUACAGUGAGAAGGAUUUUAAUGAAAAGGGUCACACCAUUGAUGUACUGGGGCUAGUUCCAAUCAUGGAAGACACAGGCUUUGGUGAAAGUACUCAGUCUGCUGAUGUAAUUAGUGGGGUAUGGGUUGCUUUUGAGGAUCCUGUUUUUUGUGGACAACAGUAUAUCCUGGAAAAAGGAUUGUACAGUAGCUUUGAGGACUGGGGAGCCCAAAACUUCAAGAUCUCGUCAGUUCAGCCCAUAUAUCUGGAGAACAUAAAUGGACCGAAGACGAAAUUUAAGGUUCAGUUGUUCUCGGAGCCUGACUUCCAAGGCAGCAGUCGGGCGCUGGAAGAAAGUGCGUCAGUGCUUCCUGAAGGUGUCUCUGUGAAGUCCUGCAAGGUUUUGACUGGCAGCUGGGUGGUAUACGAAGAGGAGAUGUUCGGGGGGAAACAAUAUUUGGUGGAAGAAGGAAACUACCCUGACUUGAAUGCAAUUGGCUGUCCGAGUCUGAACACAUGCAUUAAAUCUGUGCAGAUUCUAGGUUUUGAAUUUUCAGAGCCACACAUUAUGCUUUUUGCAAAGGAAAACUUCAGAGGCAAGAAAAUUGUUCUGAAAGCCGAGGCAGUCAACCUGCAGUUAAUGGGAUUCGAUGCCCACGUCUUCUCUGUACAAGUGGGUGGAGGAAUGUGGGUUGUUUAUGAACAAAGUAACUAUAGAGGAGAGCAGAUGUUACUGGCACCAAGUGAAAUACCAUCCUGGCACAGAUACAGUGGGUGGCAUAAGAUAGGCUCCUUACGGCCUGUGUAUCAGAAACGAGUAUUCUUUAGGCUUCGCAACAGGGCAACAGGCACCCUAAUGUCAGUGACUGGCAGCUUGGAGGAUAUUAAAUUGGCAAGAAUCCAGGCUGUGGAGGAUACUGGAGCCGAGGACCAGAUCUGGUUUUUCCAAGAAGGAUUAAUCAGAUGCAGAGCGGUUGAAGAUAGUUGUUUAGAAACUACAGGAACCAUUGUAAUAGCUGGUAGUCGACUAGGCCUGUCAGCAGAGCCAGGAAGCGAGAAUCAUUUCUGGAGCAUCAGUCCUGAUGGUUUAAUAAAAUGUAGGUUGCGACCAGAAUGUGUUUUGGAAGUAAAAGGAGGUCAACAAUAUGACAAAAACCAAGUGAUCCUAAAUACGUUUGAUGAAAACAAACAAAACCAGAGAUGGGAUAUGGAAAUCUUAUAAACCUGCUUUUACACGCAAACAGAAAAAGCCAUGGUGUGCCUUGUAAGUGCAAGCAUAGAGGGGGAUGUCUUUCAGCAAACCAGAAAUAAAGAAUUCCAUUUUGAGAAAACCUUUUUAUAUAAAAAAAUAUAUAUUUUGCUACUGUUUUACUUCAUUUAUGUAUUCUUUAGUUCCAUAUGUAACCAACUAGAAAACGUGUUUCUUUUAAAAGCUCUCCAAUGCAGCAGCACUUUGUUGUAUAGCAGUAUGUUUUGUAUUUACCUGUCUUUGACUGUAAGUUGUUUUUUGUACAUUUUAAUAAACCUAUAUAAAGGGUUUGUACCCUUUCAAUUUUUUUUUUAACUUUCUAAUUAUUUGUAUUCGGCCACUCUUUUUUAAAGGCUUUUUAUUGUUAAUUGUAGGGAAGGGCUGGUCCUAAUGAGCUGUUUACCAGUGCUGAAGCCCGGUCCUGUUAAGAGUGCAUUAUCACUGCUGUCAUUCACAGCUGCUGUAUUUAUUGUUUCUGAAACUCCCACAAGUUCUAUAGAACACUCGCAGCUGCGCAGGGGUAUGGCCUCCAUAAGAAAACACUUGAUGUUACUCAGCAGCAUUAAAGGCUUCUGGAAAAUGCGUAAAUCCCAUGCCACAUUUGUUUUAUAAUAAUGCUUAGCACAAACAACUCAACCAAAUUACAUGUCAGACUAAUUGUUUGUUUUAUUAUAAAACAAAUGUAUCUCGUUGGGAGUUGUAUAUUGUUUUUAACUACACUUAAUUCUCAUAACUACAGCCAUGUCAUUUUUAUUUUGGCCUACAGAUAUUACGAAGACGACACUAAAACAAAUUAAACAAGUGGCAUUCACCCCUUUGUUUUUGUGCUUGAGUUGCACGACUCAAGUCUAUUUUUGUGGAUGCAUGGGUGAGCAUUUUAUUCCAUUUAAAAGCAACAAAAAAAAAGUUAAAGCUGUACUUUAAUUUUUAACAUGAAUAAGUAAUGAAGUAAAAAGUUGAAACUCAUACUAAAGCACUACGUGUACAGUAAUAAAAUAAAACACAUGGGUCUAUUUAAACUGUAUAAUUACAGAUCUGGUGAUUUGUAGAUACAGGACUUUAGUUACAAGUUGAGGAAAAUGAUAAGAAAACUGAGGCCAAUUGUGCAUACCAUUUAUAUACUAGGUGACAGUUUAAAUGAUGGAUCAGAGCAGAUUUGUGUUGAAAUGUGCUUCUAAAUUCUGAGAGCAGUGUAAACUUGUAAAACCAGGUCCUGUUCUGCCAGACGCUGUCUGUGACAGUAUAGCAUGUUCAGUGAGGCAGAACUUUGGGUCAGCCCAUUCAAACUAACUAACAUAGGCAUGACUCGACUAGCAGUCUUCUUGUACAAAGGUAAAAAUAGACAAUAUCUUUCUUGCUUGACUGUAUAGUGCUUUCUUUAUUCCAACUUUUGGUUCAGACAUCUAAUUAGCUCAUUGCACACUUGAGACUGAGUUCAGAUGUCUCAAGUGCUCCUGUUCUGUAUUGUCUUUUAUAACCUCUAGAAAUCUAGGAUUACUGCAAGGUCAAUUUGUUGUUUUUUGUGGGUUUUUUUUUUUAAAUGUAAAAAUGAUACUGGAAAUAAAUAAUAAUGUAUUUUUACCAUACAUUGUUUAUUCUGAUGUAGAGUGGAUUGUGAUUCCUGCUACUUUCAUGAAUUAAAUAAUGUCAAAUAAG